AUGGCAUUAAUGUCGGUGGGCUACGCCCAGACUGCCACCUACUACUGGGGCUCCAUCGACGCCAACAUGUCAGCUAUGCCGACCGACAGCAUACGAAAAAUUCAAGGACCGUUUGGCUUUGGCACCGGCAUUUCUUUAGACAUGUCGCAGCACCAGUGCAUGGUGCAGGAGGUGUACAACAAGGCGUUCGACAACUGCUCUGCCAACCCCGCCAACUGUCCCCUGGGCUUCAGUCUGAGUGUGUGGGUCAAGGUGAACAUCACAGACAGUUACUACUCGAGCAUCAACCAAACAACUGUAGAUGUGUCCAACUUUCAGACCAUUGUAUCCACUGGUGAGUCACACUCCACCACCCCAACUUUCAGACCAUUGUAUCCACUGGUGAGUCACACUCCACCACCCCAACUUUCAGACCAUUGUAUCCACUGGACGCAGAGUAACACCACCGUGACCACAGGACGCAGACUGUUUGUGAUGCAGAAGAAGCAGGCGCAGAGGAGGAUGCCUUCGUCAGCCACGGCCAAGAACGCGCUCUCUCCGCCCAAGAUGAUGGUCGGGUGUCACACGGACGCGGACGACACCACCUACAGGAACUUCCUCAACGCUCAGGUCGACGAACUCGCCACCUGGACCAAAGAGCUCAACGACACGGAGACUCUCUACUUUAUGGGUGGUUACGCCGCACAGUUCGCCUCCAGCACCCCGGCGGACUUCCAAGCUCAAGUGUCUCAGGCCAACAUGAAGGACCCGGAGACGGCCGCCACACUCAUCAACGGACUCAACAACAUCAUCAAUGACCAGAACACUAAGAACACUCUGGCAGCCUCGUCUGAUGGCUCCUCUACGACUGCUGCCAGCCCCACCCAGUCCCCGGAGGCGACGGCGUCCUUCCAGACGAUGCUCAAUAUUGUGAUGAACGUCACAUCCUCCGUGUUCACUAACGUCUCCGCCCUCCAGUGUAACAAGAUAUUGGGUUUAUACGACGCAGUGAGUAGCUUGUUUGCGCCAAACAAUCAAGAAAUGAUGUUGAAUGUGCAGCAAGGGGACAACUCCGGGUCUGCCGGCGUGAUGCAGAACCUGACCCAGUGGACCUCAGAGUUGCUGCGACAAGUCAACUCCACCACUCCUAUCAACUUCACCAAGGUCACCGACAAUAUGUUGCUGGUGGCCUACAAGAGGAACCUGAGUGAGUGGCGGAGCGGUCCGCAGUUUGUGACAGCUCCAGACUACAGCAACGUGGGCCUGCCCGCCGUCUGGGACUUCCCUUACGACCGUGCUGCAGUGUCGAGUGCCCUGGUGAGUGACCCAGCCUGUGCUAACCGAGCCAUCAAUCUUAUCUUCAUCUCCUCGAGGACCUAUGACCGCACAGCCUUCGACUUUGUCAACGAGGCGAGGAUGACUCCGUCACCAAACUACAUCGUAGACUCUCACACGCUGACGGUGAACGUGACGUGUGACGCCGCCCCCAAAGGUGCCCCCAGUAACGCCUCCAGCUGCCAGCCCUCCGCCGAUGACCUCCUGAGUAACCCCGUGAGGCUGAAGCUCCGUCACACGGUGGUCAACACCUACCCGUCCAGGGCCCUCAAGUUCCACCAGGGCAGGUUGGUUAAGGAGAUUACGGCUCGAUACUGUGUGUGGUGGAACCCAAACCUGAGCGACUUCGGUGUGUGGGACAGCUCGAACUGCGUCCUCUUAGAGACUACUGAAGAGUACACCAAGUGCGCAUGCGCUCAACUGGGCACUUUCGCCGUCAUGGCGAAGAGGACCCCGCCUAAGGUGGUGCCAGUGGACGCAACAUGGCUGACGGUGUUGAGAUAUGUGGGCUACAGCCUCUCCUUCCUCUUCAUCAUCUUCUACAUCAUCGUCGUCCUCGUCUCCAGGGAUCUGAAGGACCAGUUCCACGUGAUGGGACUGAACCUGGCGAUAGUGGUGCUGCUGGGCGCCGUGUUCAUGCUGGUGAGCGACCUCAACUCUGUGCGUGCCAACAGACACACCUGCACCGCCAUCGGCACCCUCAUACAUCUCUUCUACCAGGCCGCCGGCGCCUGGAUCUUCUCCCUGGGCUGUGCCUCCUUCAGCGCCAUCACUUCCGGAGUGAUAGGGGGUCGCCUCCACUCUUACAUCCCCAUCUCCUGGGGUCUGCCGCUCAUCUCCGUGGGGGUUACCUACCUCUUCUUCUUGUUUGACCUUGGAGAGGAUCCGCGCUGCUUCAUCUCAUGGGCCAACCCGGCCAAGAUUGUCUUCUUCGGCUUCCAGAUGUUCUUCGUCAGUAUCUCCUUCAUCUGCGCCACCAUCGUUCUCUGCAACAUGGCCACUCCCGCCCUCAGGAAAGACAACCUCAUUGAUGACUACGGAUCAUUCUGUAAAGGCGCCGCCUACGUGGUGCUCUUCUUCGACGUGACGUGGAUCUUCGGGCUUCUCUGCUACCUCCAACUGGGCUUCACCUAUCCCGACUUCUAUCCCAUCUUCCAAGUGCUCAACUCUUGGACGGGACUCGUCAUCUUCCUCUUCAUGGGCAUGGGCUCCAGGAGGUUCAACAUGGUGGUCGCUGGCCAGGCCAAGCUUAGGCGCCAGAUGCUGGUGGGUUACGCCUUUGGGACUCCGGGAGCAGCAGCAGGCGCCGAUGACACGCAGAAAUUGGGCUCCCCUGAUGACCAGCUUCCCACUCCCUCACACGUCCCUGGCACCCCUAGUCCCUCACCCCUCGCCACGCCCUCACCGUCAAAGGUGGCCGGUCGACCUUCCUCCCGUACGUUCUCGCCUGUCUUAUAAUAAACCUGUACCAUCUGUGUGUGUGUGUGAGGGCCUGCAGCUAUAUGUACCACCUGUGUGUGAUGCCUUCAGCCAUCUAUAUAUGACGCCUGUCGGUAAGCAAUUAUUUUAGAUGUGCUGAACAUGUCUCUUACUCCAAGUCAUGCAUAGACCCCAAUCACUACGAGGGACUUUCAACUAGGAACCAUCAUCGCUACCAGGGACAUCCACUCCUUGAAGGAACCACUGUCACUACCAGGGACCCCCAAUGCUAGCAGGAACCACUGUCACUACCAGGGACCCCCAGCGCUAGCAGGAACCACUGUCACUACCAGGGACCCCCGCC